GUUCUCUGGGUAUCGGCGGCAAAGAGGCAUCACAUUCUUCUCUUCCUUCCUUCCUUGUUCUGCAUUCCUCGUAAUCUCAUCGCCGCCAAAAUGGUUGAUGACAAGAAGCUUUCCAACCCUAUGAGGGAAAUCAAAGUCCAGAAAUUGGUUCUCAACAUCUCCGUUGGAGAAAGUGGCGAUCGUCUCACCCGUGCCGCCAAGGUGCUGGAGCAACUCAGCGGCCAAACCCCUGUUUACUCCAAGGCUAGGUAUACCGUUAGGUCGUUUGGUAUCAGGCGUAAUGAGAAAAUCGCUUGCUAUGUGACCGUGAGGGGUGACAAGGCAAUGCAGCUGUUGGAGAGCGGUCUGAAGGUGAAGGAGUAUGAGCUUCUGAGGAGGAACUUCAGCGACACCGGAUGCUUUGGUUUUGGUAUCCAGGAGCAUAUUGAUCUUGGCAUCAAAUAUGAUCCUUCAACUGGUAUCUAUGGUAUGGACUUCUUUGUCGUUCUUGAGCGCCCGGGAUACAGAGUGGCUCGUCGCCGCAGGUGCAAGGCACGUGUUGGGAUUCAACACAGAGUUACAAAGGAAGACGCCAUGAAAUGGUUCCAAGUCAAGUACGAAGGAGUCAUUCUCAACAAGGCCCAGAACAUCGGAGCUUAAGUUGUUUUUUCCCUUGAUGCAAUCAGAUUUUGGAUAGUUGUAUGUGCUUUCUGAGACUUGGGUAUGGUUUGAAUGUUGGUUGAGACGAGAUUUUGAAUUAGGGAUAGAGAACAGGUUGUCAAAUUAUGAUCUCAGUCCAAGAAUGGUAGUUACUUUGAUUCUGUGACACCUGGUUCUCCUCCACUCCUUGCUUCCCUUUCGUCUUCCCCUGCUUUCCCUUUUCCUUACUCUUGGCCUUUGCUGCAGACAUCCGAAAAUUACAGAUCUUAAAGUAAUCUUGGAUGGUGCGCUAUGGGUUUUCACUGAUUUUGACAAUGGAAAAGAACGAAAGGGAUGCGAAAAGAAGUAACUUUUGCAUUCAGAAAAGAUUUCAACUGAAACAGAGUCGUCUAUUGAUCUUUUGCUAUGCGGAUGUAGGAUUCACCAUGCUGUGAAAUUAGCAGAGCGAGUUGCAGAAUGUGAAAGUGAAGACUGGUCGACAUGGUCUAAAGAAGCAUCCAGGCUCAGAAUUGCAGAUGAGAGCAAUCAAACCAUGUUUCGAACAAUGAACACAUAAAGAGUGGAAAAAAUCCCAGAAUAUAUAUAUUAUUAGAAAAAAUUCUCAAAAUAUAUUAGUUAUAUAAAAAUUUCCCGAAUUUGUAAUUCCCUGAUGUUGUCAAACGCAGUGAAGGGCUUAACCGCAUCAGAGGAAAGCGGGGAAAAUCAACCCGAUAAAUCCCCGCCUUAGUAAAAAACAGUGAAAUCAUCACCGCUUUUGUCGAGAAUGGGGACAUUUUCACCGCUUGAGUGAAAAGCGGGGAAGUCUUUACCACUCUAGGUUAAAGGGGUGAACGAUUCCCACGUUUCCCGCCCGUGGUAGGUGGAAAUUAGGUCACAACCACCCACCAUCACCGCUUUGGACAAAAGCGGGGAAUGACUUCACUGCGUUAGUCCAAAGCGGUGAAUGUCCUCUAUUUGUCAAAUAUAUACCCCUCGACGUAGCGGUUACUGAAAUAAACCAUUUCGUAGCCUUACCCCAUUUCUGUCAAAUUUAUGCAAAAAAACCCCUUCUUCUGAGCCCGCUUCCGGCAACUAUAGUUACAGAUUUUUAGGUAUGAUAUAAUUUGUAUUGUUCAAAUUUUGAUGUUUUAGUAGUUAUAUGUAUUUAUUUACUGAAUUAUUGCAAGUGACAAAUAUAUGUAGGUCGAGAUAUUUAGAUUAAUUAUGCUAUGAUCAAUAUUAGUUAGUUAUGAAUUAAGAUGAAUUUGCAGCGGUGUAUCUUGAGACCGAGCCGGUUGGUGAAACCCAUUCUCACCAGUAUGAUGAUGGUUUUGUAGGAGGGUACGGACGAGGUGGUAGUUCAAGCAACUACGGCGGAGGUAGUUAUGCAGGAGGGGUGCAUGGAAAGAAUACCCGCAACGUGCUGAGUCUGCCCCAUGGUCCAAGAUCGAUAUACAAUCGAGGAUCGUAUAUCUCGGCACCCAUCGUGUAUAAAAAAUAUAUUCACAAAAGCGAAAACAAGUAUGUACUCUAAGAGUCUCUUCGUCCAUUUUUUGGCGCAAGGCGGGCAUAGCUUCGACGGGCUUUUAGAGGAGAGGGCUUUGUGGUAUAACUCUAGUAAUUCUUUCUAAUGUGGAAGAUCGGACUUAGCCGCAACCACACAGAAUACUUAGAACGAAACUAGAGUGAGGAAAUGGAGGGGGAAAGAAUGAAAUGGGUUGUGGUGU